CAGAAACGGGAACAGAAGAAGUCGUUGGGAGUGGAUAUCGAAAGCAAGAAGAACAAUACCAGAAAAUGACAGCGGAAGCGGCAGUAGAACCAAUCCAAGUCGAUCAUGAUGUGGUUGGCGAUCUUAACAUCGACGACGGUGAGUCCAUCAUAGAUGUCGAGAGUCUUUACGGCUCAACACAGUCCGUCACGGCCAGCAUCUUCGAAUACCGCGACGUGCAUGGCCGUCUAUAUCAAGCAUCCAGAACAACAGAGUACAUCUUCCCUGUAGACGAGCAACACCUCCAAGGCUACGACCUAGCCCACGAAUACAUGCUCAUCCUAUUCUCCAACAAACUCUACCUCGCACCCAUCUCCAACCCGCAAACCAUCUUGGACAUUGGCACCGGCACCGGCAACUGGGCCAUCGACAUUGCCACCGAGUUUCCCUCGGCCUCCGUAAUCGGCACCGACAUCUCAGCCGUACAACCCACCUUCGCACCGCCCAACGUAUCUUUCCAAAUCGAUGACGCCCAGCUCGACUGGACGUUUGAACCUGGCCACUUCGACUUGAUCCACUGCCGCUUUCUCUACGGCGGCAUCGACGACUGGGCCAAGCUCUACCGACAGGCCUACACGCACCUGAAACCAGGCGGCUGGUUCCAAAACGUUGAAAUCGACAUUGAGACCUUAUCGGAGAACCCCAAAAUUCAGAAUGAUCCAGACCACGUCUUCAAAACGUGGUGUCAGCUAUUCUGGGCUGUCGGGGACAAGACGGGUCGAACCAUGCGGAUUGGAAGAGAUGGGACGAUGGAACGGUUGAUGAAGGAGCAAGGGUUUACAGAGGUGGUGCACAAGAGCUACAAGGUGCCGAUUGGGGCGUGGGCAAAGGAUGGGAAGCUGAAGCAGGUGGGGUUGCUGAAUUGGCAUUAUAUUGAUCAGAGCUUGGACGGGUUUGCGGUGUAUCCGAUGGGACAAGUGUUGGGAUGGAGUAGGGAGGAGGUGGGUGAGUUGGUGGAUAGGAUGAGGAGGGCGAUUAGGGAUGUGAGGAGCCUGAGUUACUAUACGGUGAAGGUGGUUUAUGGGAGGAAACCGGAGGAGGGGCAGUAGAGAUAAUCUAUGGCUUCCUGAGAUGGUGUGAUGGAGUUGGGAGUUUGAGUUUAGUGAGUACCACCCGGCGGGAUGAGACAGCAGUUCAAGUUGCCUGAGAUGGCGCCAUUUGGAUACUGUACCUCUACAUGCCCGGCACAUGGAUCAUGAUGGCAACCGAG